AACCUCGGUUGCCUGACACCAGUUGCCGGGGGAGGGUCGGGUUGGAGGGACGGAGCCCCUUCUGUCUCCGUAGUGGGCGGGGCCGGGCGGACACGGUGGCGGGGAAGACGGAGCCAUGGCGGUGGAUAUCACGCUGCUGUUCCGGGCCAGUGUGAAGACUGUGAAGACCCGGAACAAGGCCCUGGGGGUGGCGGUCGGAGGCGGCUCGGACGGCGCCCGGGAUGAGCUGUUUCGCAGGAGCCCCCGCCCCAAAGGGGACUUUUCCAGCCGGGCCCGGGAAGUGAUUUCUCAUAUUGGGAAGUUGAGAGACUUUCUUCUGGAACACAGGAAAGAUUACAUUAAUGCUUAUAGCCACAUUAUGUCUGACUAUAUGAGAAUGACUGAUACAGAACGGGAUCAGAUUGAUCAAGAUGCCAAAAUAUUUAUGAGGACGUGUUCAGAAGCAAUUCAGCAACUAAGAACAGAAGCACACAAGGAGGUGCAUUCCCAGCAAGUAAAGGAACACAGAAGUGCAGUCUUGGAUUUCAUUGAAGAUUAUUUAAAAAGAGUAUGUAAAAUUUAUUCUGAGCAGAGAGCUAUCCGGGUUAAACGCGUGGUGGAUAAAAAAAGAUUAUCCAGGCUUGAGCCUGACCAGAGUAGUAAAUCUACAGAAUCUUCUUCAUCUGAGAAAGCUUCACAGAAUUCUUCAGAAGAAUCUGAAGAAAAAUCUACCACUGAAGAAAAUCGAGAUAAGAAUUUGACAGAGGCACAAUCUAAUUUUGGACUGUGGGGAGAUGGCAGAGGUGAAGAUGAGUUGUCCCCAGAAGAAAUACAAGUGUUUGAACAAGAAAAUCAGAGACUUGUUGGUGAAAUGAACAGCUUAUUUGAUGAAGUGAGGCAAAUUGAGGGAAAAGUGGUUGAAAUUUCCAGACUUCAAGAGAUAUUCACAGAAAAGGUUUUGCAACAGGAAACUGAGAUCGACAACAUUCACCAGCUAGUUGUUGGUGCAACAGAGAAUAUCAAGGAAGGUAAUGAAGACAUAAGGGAGGCAAUUAAAAACAACGCAGGAUUCCGUGUUUGGAUUCUUUUCUUCCUUGUGAUGUGUUCAUUCUCCUUGCUUUUCUUGGACUGGUAUGAUAGCUAGUCGUGGUUGGGUUUGGGGUUUUUUUGUUGUCUUUUUCAUUCUGAAGGCCUUGGUGCCUUGCUCAUCUGAACAUUAAAUCACAGAACACUUUGCUUUGAACAAAGCAGAAUGUACUGUAUGGUGUUUUAUGUUACUGUCACAGAGUUGUGACUCAGGAAUUUUACAACGAAGUCACUUAGGGAUGUUUGUAUAUGUACACACUCAUAAAGGGAAUCCUCAGAUUAUUUCAGUACAUUUAGUAGACACGAUGAACUCUUGCACUUAGAAGGUUUUAGUUUAGUAAUAAAAAGUAAAAUGAAUUGUUGACUGAAACCUUUUUAAAAACAUAAAACUACACUGAGUAGCUCAGUAGUAGAGAAUUCAGUUUCCUAUCAAAAUGAGUGAUAUUGUGAAGAAUGCUUUUGGUGUGCAGAGAAUGCAUAGACCUUAAUUUGAGGAAGGGGUUGUGCAGGGAGACUGAUUUCCCAUCUUGUUAGACCUCAGGGAAAACAUUUAUGUAAUCUCCCUACAAAAUGAUUAUUUCUGUUCUUUUUCCUGCAACUUCUCAUCUUACUGAAAUGAUUAACCGUUCAUUUCGCAAAGGCUUAUUUUAUUUGUAGAAAAGAAAAAAAGAUAGUCUACUUGUUAAUCUCAUGAGUUUGUUUAACAUGAUUUAACUUAUUGUAGAUUAUAAAUGUAAAAAUUAAGAUCUAGAUCAUUCAGAGUAUUCACAUCAUGUAAUGACAAGGUACUGAAACAUUGCAGUGGAACCAAAGAUCAACUAGAUAGAAGCCAAACUCAUCAAGUAUUUAUUUCUAGGGUAUAA